AUGAAUAGCUCUGGGAUCUCCAUUAUUACCUUUCGUCAACCCCAGGCCCCAGCUAUCGCUAGAACUACUUCGAUAUGCUUGUUGUAUUACUUGUGUUCUCUUCAUUUCGCUUUGAAUCCCCUCUGAAAUUUGGGGUCUUGAAUUAAAUUUAUGUGCGAGUGGUGGGAGAUUCGAAGCUUCGUAAUUAGGGUUGUUAUCUCUUAUUAGAACGGUGGGCGUGUUGGAGGUUUGGUUUUCUGCCGAGUUUCUGUAACUUCCAACGAAGUUCACUUCGGAUAUAAAAAUUCAGUUCAUCUCAGCGUAAAAGGUCAGAUCUUUCCUGGUUAACAAACGGGAAACUGCAGUUUGAGUUGCUGUUUAUGUAUGUUUUUCCUGCAACCUGCGUUUUUACGACUUUGGGGUGGUUGUAUGUGCUCUAUUUAUGGAUUUCGUGGGAGAUACAGUUUCAGGAGGAAAUGCGCUCUCUGAUGCCAGUGCAGGCAUGGGGUUCGACAGCUGGGGCCCAACAAUGGAUCAGGCCGUUUGGGCGACUGAGGAUGACUACAUUGCCUGGAACCCAGGUGGUUCUUCUGCCGAAACCCUUUCAAGCGAGCCCCCGAGCAAGAGAUCUCGCUGCUCGCAGGAAGGAGAGUCUCAAUUCAUAGCCCCUAACCGAUCCAAAGCAAUUGGGAAAAUGUUCUUCAAGACUAAACUGUGUUGCAAGUUCCGGGCAGGCGUCUGCCCUUACAUUACCAAUUGUAAUUUCGCUCAUGGGAUGGAAGAGCUUCGUAAGCCUCCUCCGAAUUGGCAAGAGAUAGUUGCUGCACAUGAGAGUGAAGAGCCACCACCUGCCAGAGAGGAACACCAGAUUCCAACUAUGAGCUCUCCUGACCUACGUGGCGGUGAGACUCAGAGGUCUUACAAGGGGAGGCACUGCAAGAGGUUUUUCACCGAAGAAGGUUGUCCGUAUGGCGAUAGUUGUUCCUUCCUUCAUGACGAACAGUCUAGAACUCGUGAGAGUGUGGCUAUAAGUGUGACUCCUAAUGUUGGAGGGUUUGGUAAUAGUGGUCCAACUGCCCCAACCCCCAAGCAUUCCAACUGGAAGACUAGAAUUUGUAACAAGUGGGAGACAACUGGAUACUGCCCGUUCGGGACCAAGUGCCAUUUUGCUCAUGGAGCUGACGAAUUGCACAAGUUCGGGGGAAGUUUUGAGGGCAAAGAAUCUGCUUCGAGUCAGGGAGCGGGAAUGAUAAAGCCAACAGAAAACAUGGCAGUGUCAACCAUAUCUGCCCCUUAUGGAGAUGCUUAUCAUUUAGGGUUGGGAGGCAUUCCAAUGCAAAGACCAUCCUGCAUGCCUCAGAGGAAUGGGGCAAGGGCAUUUCAUAAAUGGAAAGGGCCUGAUAAAAUAAGUAAAAUUUAUGGGGACUGGAUUGAUGAUAUCGAAUAACGGGAUUGUAAAACUUUGGGGGCCGUUUGGUUGUAGGAGUCGGGAGGGAAACUCCCUCCCCUCCCUCUGUCCUAACCAAGUAGGCCUUUACUACACUAUAGAUGUAGUCACUGUUGUAGCCUUUACUAUCCAUGUUUUAUAGUCACUGUUGUCUGUUGUAUACUUGUAUUAGUUUGACUAGUUUGUAUGGUAGUGCUUGUUAAGAGGCCUUUUACCUGUGAAAACUGUAACUGUUAAAAUGGUUUUAUUUGACAAGUAGCCGAUUGCUCUAGGCAUUAGUUGUUUAUAUUAUUCGUUCGGAUCAAGUAUUAUUGUAGAUGCUUAUGCGGAGUCUGAUAUUACUCAUUUUCUUUUAGGUAGCUGUAUGGUUUAUGA